AUGUGGAUAACUACGACAGCUGCCGACCGCUCCAGAAAUGCUGAAAACCCGGAUGACGUCAACCGGGUUCUCGAGAAGCACAAACCUCGUGAGCGACUAUCAAAAAAGCUCCACCUUGUGUUUCCAAAGCAGAAAUUCUAUCGCUCUCUCCGUCGACUGACAAGACUUCGCGUGGCGGACGAUUCGUCAGUCUCAAUAACUGCGAUUGUCAAAUAUUUAGUCGAAGAGAUCCUUUGUUUGUCUUAUGAAGCUAUGCGUCGUGAAAGGCGCAAGAGGUUAACGCCGCGUUACAUUGGCAUGGGGAUUCGCGUUGACGAUGAACUGGGAAAACUAUUCAAGGGCAUUCUUAUUCCAUCCGCAGGGCAAUUUGGUGCUUUUUAUCUUGGGUCUUAA